AUGAUUAAAAAUGAAAUUGAAUCGAAUCAAUUGAGAAAGCAAAAAAUGAGUUCAAUUAUUCACAAAGAUAUGAAGGUGGGAUAUUGGUUUUUAACACGUUUUUCAAUAUCUGAUGCUUAUCAAUCAUUAUGCAAAGAAUUUGAAAUGUUAGAAUAUAACACAAAUAAUAAUUGGUUAUCAUCUAUUCAUCAUGAUAAACAUAAUGCUUUUAAUUUUAUUCAAUGUUCAUUAUUCAAUGGAAGCGUAUCACGAACAUUAAAAGUAAAUGCGCAACGUAUUACACGUCAAGAUGGUAGAAUAUAUCUUGCAUGUAAUGGGCCUAAUCUGAUUACAGUUUAUGAUUUUUGGACCCUUGUUUGGCAGGAAAAUGUAAAAACGAUAAUUUCGUUGAAUUUUCCAUAUGAGGAACGUUUUUAUCCGGAUGUAUAUCAGAAAAAUCAGGAAACAAUUCAAUAUUGGCCUAUUGUUAAUGGCAAAACAUUGAAUUUCAAACCAUUCAAAAUAACUUGCAUUAAUAGUUCUUUAAUGGUAGGUUAA